AUGACUGCGAAAACCGCCGAAUCCCCGGGGAAUACCUACUACCCGAAGAGUCCUCCGAUGCGCCGCCCAGGCCUUACUUUUCUGUAUCGACUUGAAUGUACCAUCGCCGCAGAAGAAAUCAACGUUGGGGCACCCCACGGCGCAGGUAUCAUCCGAAGCAUUGCAAAUAUUACCGGAGGUACAUUCAAGGGACCAGAACUCGAGGGCACAAUCCUCCCGUUGGGAGGAGCAGACUGGGCAACAGUCAUUGAGGGGACACACUCUAUGACCCUGGACGCCCGAUACACUAUCAAAACCAUAGACGAUCACCACCUCUUUGUGCAGGCGCAUGGGCUCUACCGUCCUGGACCGGGAACAGAAUACGCGAAGCAGGUCGCAGCUGAUCCGGAGAUGAGGCCCCCACCAACCGUCACACAGGAUGACGUUGAAUUCUUCUCCCAUUUGCGAAUUGAAGCGGGCGGAGGUAAAUAUAACUGGUUGAAUGGGCUGGUCUGUGUGGGAGUGAUGAGUUGCGAGAACGAUAGGAUUAUUAUUGAUGCGUAUUAUUUGACGAACUUUGCGGGCGCUAGGCCCGAUGAUGUUGUUGUUAAGAAGUCAUCUCUUUAA